ACCGAGUCACACCGCAUCUCGUCUUCGCCUUCGUUUCUUCUCGCCUUUUGAGAUAUUGUGACUUAAGUUACACGAACUGAAACUAAUCGGUUAAUCAACGCCUCGCAACGCUUACUUAUGACUUUGACAGUGUGUCCAGAAAUCGCCUAGAACUAAAGUGAUAACCAAGUGAUACACGAACUCCGAGACUGAGUUACCGCCGGUUUUGCGCCGGGACAACUUCACGGAUCUUGGAGCUCUCCAGAAACUAUGACCGUAACCGCUUUUGCAGCCGCCAUGCACAGACCCUUCUUCAAUGGAUAUUCUACCAUGCAAGACAUGAACAGCGGCCAAGGGCGCGUCAAUCAACUAGGUGGAGUUUUCAUCAACGGUCGUCCUUUGCCCAACAACAUUCGUUUAAAAAUCGUCGAGAUGGCUGCCGAUGGUAUUCGGCCAUGUGUGAUCUCCAGACAACUACGUGUAUCUCACGGAUGCGUUUCCAAAAUCCUGAACCGUUAUCAGGAGACUGGUUCCAUUAGGCCAGGAGUGAUUGGUGGCUCCAAGCCGAGAAUUGCCACCCCCGAAAUCGAGAACCGAAUUGAGGAUUACAAGCGCAGUAAUCCGGGAAUGUUCUCCUGGGAGAUCCGCGAGAAGCUAAUCCGUGAGGGAGUCUGCGACAGGAGCACAGCACCCUCAGUCUCUGCCAUUUCACGCCUGGUGCGUGGUCGCGAUGCUCCACUUGACAACGAUUUGUCCUCUGCCUCGGGAUCCCCCUCGGGUGCUGUUACCAAGGCCUCCAGUUCCUGCGGCUCGGAUGUCUCCGGUGGUCAUCACAAUAACAAGCCCUCCGAUGAGGACAUCUCCGACUGUGAGAGUGAGCCGGGAAUCGCCUUGAAGCGCAAGCAACGUCGCUGCAGAACCACUUUCUCCGCUUCCCAGUUGGACGAACUGGAGCGCGCCUUUGAGCGUACCCAAUAUCCUGAUAUCUACACCCGUGAGGAACUUGCUCAGCGCACCCAUCUCACAGAGGCCCGCAUCCAGGUUUGGUUUAGCAACCGGCGAGCUCGUCUCCGCAAGCAGCACACCUCGGUCUCAGCCGUAGCACCUGGAGGAGUUUCAUCCGUCAGUCAUGUGACAACAUCCACCGCUCUGCCGAGCGUUGUUUCCAGUGUGCCCAGUAUGGCUCCUCUGGCCAUGAUGCCCGGGUCCCUGGAUCCAGUCUACCAGCAACAGUAUGAUUUCUACGGAACUCAUGCCAACAUUUCCGUAUCAGCCGCUGCUCCCAUUGCUAGUAGCAAUCUCUCGCCAGGAAUCACCACCACCCCACCGCACCACCACCAAUUCUACAACCCCAGCGGUAACACAGCCAGCUAUAUAAUGCCAGGAGAGAAUGGCAACACCACACCCACCGGGAACAUCAUCGUGUCCAACUAUGACACCCAGUUGGGCUCCGUUUACGGAACCGAAACGGAAACCCAUCAGACCAUGCCACGCAAUGAGAGUCCCAACGAGUCGGUGUCGUCCGCCUUUGGUCAACUGCCACCCACACCCAACAGCCUUUCGGCCGUGGUGAGUGGAGGAGGAGUGACCUCCAACUCGGGUGCCGAUUCCUCGCAGUCGCUGGCCAAUGCCAGUGCUGGAAGUGAGGAGCUAUCGGCUGCCCUGAAGGUCGAAGCAGUCGACCUGGUCGCUGCCGGUCAAUCUCAAUUAUACGGUGGUUGGAGCUCCAUGCAGGCACUCCGUCCAAAUGCCCCACUAUCCCCAGAGGACUCGUUGAACUCGACCAGCUCGACCAGCCAGGCUCUGGAUGUCACCACCCACCAGAUGUUCCACCCGUAUCAGCAUACACCGCAGUAUGCCACCUAUCCUUCGGCACCCGGUCAUGCCCAUUCGCAUCCCCAUCAUGGACAUCCCCAUGCGCCGCAUCCGCACGCACAUCCACAUGCGCAUCCGCAAUAUGCCGGCGCCCAUCCGCAUUAUCCGACGCCCACUUCGUCAACGCACUUCAUGCCGCAAAACUUCAAUGCCGCCGCCUUUCCAUCGCCCUCGAAGGUCAACUACACAACGAUGCCGCCACAGCCAUUCUAUCAUUCCUGGUACUAAAAAAAACAAAAAGGAUCCUCCACCUACUCCUCCAGGAGCAGGAGCAGGUGUCGCCAGAUCCCUAAAGACAAGUCGCCAAAGAUGUACAUAGCUGGGGAGAAACAUAAAAAUAACAUUUUUGUGUGGGGCAGUACAGAUAUUUUCCAUGUGGGAAAACCUCUGACAGACUCGCCCCUAAAAUAGUUCCAAUUUGUAGAUCCUAAGCCUAGUAAAUAGUACCAACUAAAGUUUAGAAUAUAAGAUGAUUAGUGAUUAAGUAGCAAGUGCCUUGAAAAUAAAUAUAUAUG